UGGUGUUAUUUAACACUGGAAGCAGAUUCUUGCCGAAUUGCCCUGCUUAUAGGUACCUGGGUGUUAAAAUAAAAUAAAAUAAAAUGAAGCGGCCUGAACGUGUCUACAGGAUCACAGGUUGCUGGGUGCUCUGAGUUGCCAGUGCCUUCAGCACAUGCCCAUUUUUCUCUUUCCCCAACCUUUGCAAGAGUACCAACUGUUGCAAAUUUUGUCACUCUGCAAAGCAGACUGCCUUGUUAGAAGUAAAUAGGCAGGAAAGCCUUUAUUGUCCGUCCAUACUGGGGGACAAAUGGAAACUUCUGAUUAAGCAGAAAGCACCCCCACUGUUGAUAGCCAGGGAGUGACGUUGAACCCCAGGGAGCUUCUGCCCCUUCAGUUAUAACUUGUUGGCCCCAGUCCUUUGUUGACAAACAGGGUCUUACUGUUUUUUAAAGCAUUGCUUCUGGAAUAAGGGAGGGAACAAAAGCAAUGGGUUAAAAGGCUUGGAUUGCAUGAGUUAUAGUAAAAUUGCUGAAAGCUGUUGUGAAACACUUUGUUACUGGCCUUCCUCUGCAGUGGAAAUCGUGACAGUUUUUUUCUGCAGAAAUUCUGCUUUAAAAAAUUAGUUUCACUUUUGUUGCUAUGUUGUUUCCAGCGCUAAGUGACCUUUUUAAGGAGAGGGUUGUUGCUGAGAUACGUAUUUGUAUCAAUGGCAGACUCACUCAUGCUACAGAUUCUCUGUGCUGGCAUAUUCAAGAGGAUGGCAAAAUUCAAAAUAAGUGGGCCUUCCCUCAACGUUUUUAAACUGGAAUGGAAUCCUGUCUUUGAAUAACAAAACAUUACUGAUUUGAAUGGUGCAGGGGUUGAGGCCAUCAUUAUUAGUCUUUGCCAGACACUUGUCCUAAGAAAAACAAAUCACAAGCAAAGCAGAACAGGUAGUCUCCAGAAUGGGUGCGUAUGGAGUGGGAUGGGAGACAAAUAUGCUGUGUAAUGAAUGAGGAUGUCUGGAUCUGAUAAAUAACGACAUUUGCAGAGAAAUCACCCAGUUGCCUUCAGUCCUUGUUUCUGUUGCAUUUUUCAUUAAGGCCGAUUUAACUGGGAUUAAAUGGAAGCGGUACGUGUGGCAAGGUCCAACAUCUGCCCCGAUUCUCUUCCCCGUGACGGAAGAAGAUCCCAUUCUAAGCAGCUACAGUCGUUGCCUGAAGGCUGAUGUCUUGAGUGUGUGGCGGCGAGACCAGAGGCCCGGGCGCAGAGAACUGUGGAUAUUCUGGUGGGGUGAUGACCUCAACUUUGCUGAUUUAAUUCAUCAUGACCUGGCAGAUGAGGAAGAUGGUGUAUGGGACAAUGGACUCUCCUAUGAAUGUCGGACUCUGCUUUUCAAAGCGAUUCACAACCUGGUCGAAAGAUGCCUAAUGAACCGGAACUUUGUGCGCAUUGGGAAAUGGUUUGUGAAGCCUUAUGAGAAAGAUGAAAAACCCAUAAAUAAAAGCGAGCACCUGUCCUGCUCCUUCACUUUCUUCUUGCACGGGGACAGCAAUGUUUGCACCAGCGUGGAAAUCAACCAGCACCAGCCCGUGUACUUUGUCAGCGAAGAGCAUCUCACCAUGGCUCAGCAGUCUAACAGUCCUUUCCAAGUUAUUCUAAGCCCAUUUGGAUUAAAUGGUACACUCACGGGGCAGUCCUUCAAGCUGUCUGAUUCGGCUACAAAAAAACUGAUCGGUGAAUGGAAGCAGUUCUAUCCGAUUGCGUCGAGCCUGAAAGAGGGAUUGGAGGAAAAACAGGAAGAAAUGGAUUGGGAGGAUGACUCUCUUGCUGCUGUGGAAGUCCUUGUUGCUGGCGUGAGAAUGGUCUAUCCAGCAUGCUUUGUUCUAGUUCCUCAGACAGACAUUCCUGCUCCUAGCACUACUGGGUCGAGCACCUGCUUGGGUGCCCAUCAAGUGCCUGCUUCCACAAGAGACGCAGCUAUGUCCUCUGUUACUCUGACUCCACCUACAUCCCCAGAAGAAGUUCAAACAGUUGAUGCUCGCUCAGCCCAGAAGUGGGUGAAGCUGUCUUCUGUUUCAGACGUAUUCAGCUCUGAUAGCACUAGCCACCAUGGUGGCCGAAUUCCGCGGAAGCUGGCCAAUCAAGUGGUUGACAGAGUCUGGCAGGAAUGCAGUAUGAACAGACCCCUGACAAAAAGGAAGUACUCUGCCACGUCAAACGGCGUAUGUGAAGAGGAGACGGCUGACAAAAUAGCAUUUUGGGACUUCGUUGAAGCUACACAGAGGACAAAUUGCAUUUGCUCAAGGCACAAAAAUAUCAAACCAAGACUCGGGAUUCAGCAGGGGCCGGUGCCUUCUGCCAGCCAGCAGCAGCAAGCCGCUCCAAAGCACAAGGCGAACGAGAAACAGGAGAAGGGAGACAAGCCCCAGAAGCGUCCUUUGACUCCAUUUCACCACCGCGUGUCUGUCUGUGACGAUGUUGCUCUGGAGGCAGACUCAGCCAAUCAGAGGCUUGUAAUCACCACCUCAGAUAACCAAGUGAGGUUUUCAAAUCUCAGAACUAAUGACGUGGCCAAGACCCCUCAGAUGCAUGGCACAGAGAUGGCAAACUCUCCCCAGCCGCCCCCCCUCAGUCCUCACCCCUGUGACACUGCUGACGAGGCGGCAACCAAAACCCCUUCCACGCCCCAGAGCCAGCAUUUCUAUCAGAUGCCAACUCCAGAUCCAUUGGUUCCUUCAAAAGCAAUGGAAGACAGGACAGAAGGCUUGUCCCAGACUUUCCCAGCGUCCUUUGCAGAAGUUAUAGAGCCCACAAUGUAUGUUGGUACAGCCGUGAAUUUGGAGGAAGAAGAUGCGGAUUGCAUGUGGAAGUAUUACAAGGUUCCAAAGAAAAAGGAUUUGGAUUUCUUGCCGCCGCCACUGCCAAGUGAAAAAUUUAGGGAUGACCCUGUGGGAUCCGCGGGGUCAGAGAACUUACCAUCUGCUACAGAAUUAAUGGUGCAGUGCAGGAGACCCCUGAAGGUCUCUGACGAAUUGGUGCAGCAGUAUCAGAGCAAGAAUAAGUAUCUCUCGGCGAUGGAGGCUGACCAGGAGCCAGAAACAGACCCAUAUGCAUUUGUCGAUGGCGAUGAGGAAUUCCCAUUUCCUGAUAAAAAGGACAGGCAGAACAGUGAGCGGGAAGCUGGGAAAAAACACAAGACUGAAGAUGGGGCACCCAGUGUUGGAGAAGAUGCAAUGUCUCUUUUUAGCCCUUCAGUCAAGCAAGCACUAGAUGCCCAGCGCGUUGCCCCUCACAAUCGCACAGCCUCAACUAGUUUGUUUCACGAAAAUGACCUGGUUGUCUCCUACACUGACCUUGACAAUCUCUUCAACUCUGAUGAAGAUGAGCUAACACCUGGGUCUAAAAGAAUGCUGAAUGGAUUAGAUGACAAAUCCAACUGCAAGGAGUCAAAAGCAGGAACACUGGACCCUUUGUCAUGUAUAAGUACAGCAGAUCUGCAUAAAAUGUAUCCCACCCCACCAUCCUUGGAGCAGCACAUUAUGGGGUUUUCUCCCAUGAAUAUGAACAAUAAAGAGUAUGGCAGCAUGGAUACCACCCCAGGAGGAACCGUCCUCGAAGGAAACGGCGCCACAGUCGGCAUUCAGUUCCGAAUCGAGGUCGAUGAGGGAUUCUGCAGUCCGAAACCCUCCGAAAUAAAGGAUUAUUCUUACGUUUACAAGCCUGAGAACAGCCAAGCCUUUGUGGGCUGCUCUAUGUUUGCUCCCUUGAAGACUCUGCCGAGCCAGUGUCUCCCGGCCAUCAAACUGCCAGAGGAGUGUGCGUACCGCCAGAGUUGGACCGUGGGCAAGCUGGAGUUGCUUCCUCCAGGACCUGCAAUGCCGUUCAUCAAAGAGGGCGACGGGAGCACGAUUGAUCAAGAGUAUGGCCCCGCCUACACUCCGCAAACCCAUACUCCCUUUGGAAUGCCGCCCAGUAGCGCUCCCCCCAGUAACAGUGGGCCGGGCAUCCUCCCUUCGCCUUCUACCCCUCGGUUCCCAACGCCUCGAACGCCAAGGACGCCUCGGACUCCCCGUGGGGCUGGUGGGCCAGCCAGUGCUCAAGGCUCAGUCAAGUACGAGAAUUCGGACCUGUAUUCCCCAGCCUCCACGCCGUCCACCUGCCGGCCCCUGAAUUCUGUCGAGCCUGCCACUGUUUCCUCUAUCCCCGAGGCCCACAGUCUCUACGUCAACCUCAUUCUCUCCGAAUCUGUGAUGAACCUCUUCAAAGACUGUAACUUUGACAGCUGUUGCAUCUGCGUCUGCAACAUGAACAUCAAAGGUGCUGACGUUGGAGUUUAUAUUCCUGACCCAACGCAGGAAGCCCAGUACAGGUGCACGUGUGGCUUCAGCGCAGUCAUGAACAGGAAGUUCGGCAACAGUUCCGGCUUGUUUCUCGAGGAUGAGCUGGACAUUCUGGGCCGCAACUCGGAAUGUGGCAAAGAAGCCGAGAAACGCUUCGAGGCCCUGCGCACCACUUCCGUGGAACACGGCGGGGGGCCAAAGGAAGCCGACAGACUACCCGAUGAGCUGAUGCUCUUGCUGCAAGACCAGUGCACCAACUUGUUCUCACCGUUCGGAGCGGCGGAUCAAGACCCCUUGCCCAAAGUUGGUGCCCUUGGCAGCCAGGUACGGGCUGAAGAAAGGGACUCUUGCAAUGACUGUUACCUUGCCUUGGAGCACGGGCGCCAGUUUAUGGACAACAUGUCAGGAGGGAAGGUCGACGAAGCGCUUGUGAAAAGUACUUGCUUGCAUCACUGGUCAAAACGAAAUGUCAUAGAUGUGAGCAUGCAGUGUUCUCAGGACAUCUUUCGCAUGCUGCUCUCGCUCCAGCCUGUCCUCCAGGACGCCAUCCAGAAGAAACGCACCGUUCGCUCCUGGGGAGUGCAGGGCCCCCUCACGUGGCAGCAGUUCCACAAAAUGGCUGGCCGAGGCUCCUACGGAACUGAUGAGUCUCCAGAACCACUGCCCAUUCCAACGUUUUUGUUGGGAUAUGAUUAUGACUUUCUGGUGCUGUCCCCUUUUGCCUUACCAUACUGGGAGAGGCUGAUGUUGGAACCCUACGGAUCUCAGAGGGACAUUGCUUAUGUUGUGGUGUGUCCGGAGAAUGAAGCGUUGCUGAAAGGAGCAAAAACCUUCUUUCGGGAUCUCACCGCAAUAUACGAGUCCUGCAGGCUUGGCCAGCAUCGGCCCAUCUGCAAGCUUUUGCCUGAUGGAAUCAUGAGAGUUGGAUCCGCUGCUUCCAGUAAACUUUCUGAGAAGUCUGUGGCCGAGUGGUUCUCUCAGACAGCUCAUGCCAACAAUGAAUCGUUUUCUAGACUCAAGCUAUAUGCACAAGUCUGCAGAUACGAUUUGGGUCCUUAUCUUGCUACGCAGCCCCUGGACAAUUCCUUGCUCUCCCAGUCAAACCUGGUUCCUGCCGCAAGCCAUCCUGCAUCCACUCAGUCUCAGGCUGCGGGCAGCUCCACCCCAUCGUCCACCCCUUCGUCCACCACCGGUAACGCGGUCACGAUGAACUCGAGCAGCGCCAUCACUUCUGCUGCGACCACUGCCAACUCCAGCCUGACCACAACCACCGCGUCCUCCUCCUCCGCCGCCUCUUCCAGCCUGGGCAGUGGGAUGUCGGCAAACAAGCCUUCUUCGUUUCCACCCUUCGGAAGCAUGAACAGCUCUGCCGCUUCCUCCCUCUCCUCUUCGCAGCCUGCCGCAGUCCAGAACGGGCAGGCCGGGACGCAGCCGCAAACGGCCGGGAUGCCUGGGGAAGCCGGGUCUCUCCCCGCACAGCUGCACCCGGAGGUUUCAGAGAGCACCCUGGACCGCGACAAGGUGGGGAUCCCCACCGACGGCGAUUCUCACGCAGUCACCUAUCCACCGGCCAUUGUGGUCUACAUCGUCGACCCUUUCACCUACGAGAAGAAGGAAGAGAGCAGUUCCUCCAACGUGUGGACACUUGGCCUUCUCCGUUGCUUUCUGGAAAUGAUCCAAAACCUUCCUCCGCACAUCAGAAACAUCGUUUCUGUACAGCUUGUCCCUUGUCAAUAUCUGUUGCAACCAGUCAAGAAUGAAGACCGACAGAUCUACACCCAGCACCUAAAAUCUCUGGCAUUCUCAGCCUUUACGCAGUGCCGAAGGCCACUCCCGACGUCAACCAACGUGAAAACGUUAACUGGGUUCGGCCCCGGCUUAGCCAUGGAAAUGGCCCUCAAAAGUCCUGAGCGACCUGAGCGCAUUAAGCUCUAUGCGCCUCCGUUCAUACUGGCACCGGUGAAAGAUAAACAGACAGAGCUGGGAGAAACGUUUGGGGAGGCUGGACAGAAAUAUAAUGUGCUUUUCGUGGGCUACUGUCUGUCUCACGAUCAACGGUGGCUUCUUGCGUCCUGCACGGAUCUGUAUGGAGAGCUAUUGGAAACUUGCAUCAUUAACAUUGAUGUCCCAAACAGGGCUCGUAGGAAAAAGGGCUCUGCUCGCAGGCUGGGUCUCCAGAAACUCUGGGAAUGGUGUCUGGGGCUCGUGCAGAUGAGUUCGUUGCCAUGGAGAGUUGUGAUAGGGCGUCUUGGAAGAAUAGGCCACGGGGAACUGAAAGAUUGGAGCUGUUUGCUGAGUCGCCGAAAUUUGCAGUCCCUUAGUAAGCGGCUGAAGGACAUGUGCAGAAUGUGCGGCAUCUCGGCGGCCGAUUCCCCCAGCAUCCUCAGCGCUUGCUUAGUGGCGAUGGAGCCACAGGGGUCCUUCAUCAUCAUGCCAGAUUCAGUAUCAACUGGCUCCGUGUUUGGACGCAGCACCACCCUAAAUACGCAGACGUCUCAGCUAAACACCCCGCAGGACACAUCAUGCACUCACAUACUUGUGUUUCCCACGUCCGCAUCUGUGCAAGUAGCAUCGUCCACCUACACCACUGAAACUGGUUUGGAACUGGCCUUUAAUACAAACAAUGAUGGAGCAGAUGGAAUGGGGAUUUUUGAUUUGUUAGAUACUGGUGAUGACCUCGACCCUGACAUUAUCAACAUCCUCCCUGCAUCCCCAUCGGCGUCUCCUGUGCAUUCACCGGGUUCGCACUUCACUCACGGAGGAGAUAUGGGCAAGGGUCAAGGUACAGAUCGGCUGCUCUCCACAGAGUCUCAUGACGAAGUCACCAACAUCUUGCAGCAACCGCUGGCCCUCGGUUACUUUGUCUCGACCGCCAAAGCAGGCCCGUUGCCCGACUGGUUUUGGUCGGCGUGUCCUCAAGCACAAAACCAGUGCCCCCUGUUUCUUAAGGCGUCUUUGCACCUCCACGUGCCUUCAGUGCAAUCGGACGAGCUACUUCACAGUAAACACUCCCACCCUCUCGACUCGAAUCAAACUUCUGAUGUCCUCAGGUUUGUGUUGGAACAGUACAAUGCGCUGUCCUGGCUAACCUGUGAUCCCGCGACUCAGGACCGGCGGUCGUGUCUCCCAGUUCACUUUGUGGUGCUGAAUCAGUUGUAUAACUUUAUCAUGAAUAUGCUGUGAUCUUUAUCUGAACUGAGCAGGAAGGAAAACACAACAGCAACAACCGCAGCCAAAGGGGAAAGGAGGAUUCCACUGCAGGACUGAGCUGAUUCUUCUCUGUACGCGUCAUUUUACGAUGGGGUUGGGGUUGUCACUUUGGAUCCUUUCCAACAAAAAUUUGGUUUUGACUUUGGGGGGUGCGCAGCCCUGCGGGUGGCCCCCCCCCCAUUUUUUUCUUGUUGCGUUGCCUAUACCAGACUGAUUAAGGUGGUGAAUUGGUUGGUCAAAUGUAUUAUAAUGCCUCUUAGUAGCAAAGUAUCCAUUCUCCUGCCCCCCCUCCCUACACCCUGCCACAGUAUUUGUGAAGAGUAUAUGAGCCAUAGGCCCCAGCCAUGUUUAAUGAAUAUUUUAAAAAGAAAAAGCAUGGAGACAAUAAGAAGACACAAUGAGGGAGUAAAAACAGAAUUUUUCGAACGCUUUCGGAACACUGCAAUGUUCUUGUAUUGAAUUAUAGUACCUAGUAUUCAAAAAAAAUGCCUGCAUCUCUUAUUUAUUGUAAGUUUUUAAAUGUAUAAAUUGUCUUAUAUUUCUUAACCUCUUUUAUAAAAAAAAUUCCUAGAAGGUUUAUACUGCCUUCUUGCUUUAAAGCAAUUGGUCUAAAAAUAUAUAUGUAAUCGUCUUAAUUGAAAGUUGCGGUAGGUUGCUUUUAGAGUAUUAUUUUUUUGUAAGGGGGUUGCGGGAGGGGACAGUAAAAAUUUGUAUUUGGUCUUGAUGUACAGUUUAAUGGGGAAUAUAGGAGGUGGGGAGGGAGGGAUAUAAAUGUCCAUACCAUUGUGUGUGGGAGAUUUACAGCUAAGCUGUAGUUGCAGAUUAUACGUGUACAGUAACGAAGUUCACUGUGUUUAUAUAAAAUUGAAGAAAAAAAAAGGUACCGGGUCUUACAGCAAUUUUAUAUCACACCUUUGCAGAGUUAACAUAAUGGCAAUAUAUUAAAAAGUGAUAUUGUUAGGUGGUUUAACUUGUAGUGAGAAUUUUAAAAAAAAGAAUAAUAAUAAUAAUUAAUAAUUAAUUGUUUUAAUUUUUUUUUUGUAUUUUUGUUGAGGGCCGAGACUAGUUUUUUUCAGGCCCGUCCCCAGUUUUCAAGGAAGGGGGAAACACUUCCUGCAGAGAAAUCUGCUGCUCUGCGUGUGCGUUUUAGCCAAGAGAGAAUCUGCGUCGCCCGAUGAAAUCACAACACGUCUUUUUUCAAAACACCCUUCCCUUCAAUAAACUCUCUCACUUUCACCAA